AUGGAUCUUGUCGACCCGGAGCCUGUCAUGGCCCCAAAGCCUGUAGUUGCUCCUGAUCCUACACUAGAGCAUGACCCUGUUCAUGAUGAUGCACCAUCCAUUGCACCUCUUGUUGAUGACAUACCCAUUGCUGAUCUUCCCGUUGUUGUUCCACCGUUGGUGGAUGACCAUGUUGUUGAUGCACCGUUACCUGAUCCCGUGCCGGUAUUGUUUGACCGUGCACCUUUUGCUGCUCAUAUAGAUCGACGAUAUGCUGACACCCGCAACGGGUGGAUCGAUGACGAUUACCCACCAUAUGUGCUGCCUGUCACUCCCCCAGUAGGACCCGUGUCUACACCCACUGAUAUCCCAUUAUUUCCCCCACACACCACAGACGCUCAUUGCACUGAUCUUCCCAUUACGUCCCUCCAGGACAUACCGCCACCUCGUCCUGGAGAGGGGUCAUCGAGGCAGCCGCCUGUCUCUGCUCCACCCGUACUGUCAUCACCUUUUCCGUUCACAUCUCAGUUCCCUCAUGUUGCACCACCUACUGCACCAUCUUUCAUGCCAUCGAGCGAGCCAUGUUUAUGGACUACACCCCCUAUCAUGCCAUUGUCUGAUCCGUACCACCCGUACCAUGUUGGGUACUCUACGGAGGACAUACUUACAUCCUUGAUGAUACAGUAG